UCUGCAUUCAUUCAGAGCGACAACAGGAAACAUGAGGCUGCUGCUGCUGCUGCUGUCUAGAGGGCUGGCCCCACGGUAAUGACUGGAGUCAGGUAACCACUGGACAAACCGACUCUAUUCCCCCUCACUGACGGGUUUGGACACGAAGGGAGGCGUUGAGAGUGGCGCCCCGGGACGGUUUCACCUAGUUUUUAACCGAUGCCGCGACUCUCUCCGUGAAACAAACUUUGUAGCCGUUUAAAAGUUUGCUAAAUUACACGACGCGUCGGCCAGUAUAUAUGUGACGAGCUUCGUGUUUCGGAGCCCGCUCAGUGCAGGAGGCUUCUCAGGUGUUCAACUACACGAGGAAGAAGUUUGUGUCGUAUUUGACUCCUUUUGAGCUCGUAAGAGGAAUUCUCCCUCUCUCUCUUUUUCGCUUUUUUUGUCGUGUGUCCAGUGUCUUCACUUUUCUAGUUGGUUCCCUUCCUCAGUUUAUUGGACUUAAAAUCUCAAGUGGUCGAGUUUGAACAGGUGCCAGGAUGGAUGAGGCGGAGAAGUACAAACAGCGACUGGAGGCCAUUGCUGAGAAGCGUCGGCAGCAGGAUGAGGAGGACAGAGUCAGGAGAGAGAUGGAGGAUGAGAAGCUCAGACUACAGCAGCUCAAGAGGAAGUCACUAAGGGACCAGUGGUUGAUGGAAGGAGCUCCCUUGUCCCCAACCUCCCUGGACGCCCAGAGCCCUCGCUCCCCUCUGUGGGGACCCCAGGCCCAGGAGAUCGAAAAGCACAUUGACAAGUUGCAGUCAGAGAGUCAGCGGUUGGCAGAGGAGAAGGAGAAGGAACAGAUGGAGGAUGGCCAAGCAGAGGCAAUGAAAGCAGCAGAGGCUGAAGCAGAAAUGGUCCAAGAUGUUGUUGUGCAGAAUGGAGAAAAUAAUACAACAGCAUUAGAAGCAACUGAAGAUGAAGUGAAGACAAACAAAAAUCCACUGGUGGAUGAAACUGCAGUCGUCUUAACAAAUGGUGGCGGAGACUCAGAAGCAGACCCCAAUCACGAGGCCUCAGAGCAGAGUAUUCAGUCCAGCACCAACGGACACAUCGGUGCUACUGAGGGUGUUAUUAGCAUGACGUUGCAACCUGGGUUGAGCCUUGGUAUGUCAGCUAUUAAUGAGAAUGAGGAAGAAGAAGGAACUCUGGUGAUAAGAGCAGAAUGUGUGAUUAUCACAGAUGAAGGGGAUGAUGUACCUGAGGAUCUUAAACCCCAGGAAGAUCAGCAGGAGACCAUGCAGGCAGAGGAAACCCCGCUGCCAAGUCAAGAAGCAGGCAAAGAGGGAGAGGAGGAUGUGGAGGAGGUAAUAAAAACAGAAGCAUUCACACAACCAGAGAAGAAUGAGGAGCCUGAAUCCACUGCAGAAGCACAGCCGACAAGUGGAAAUGGAGGAGAGAGUGACAUAAAGACGAAUGAAAAUGGCGAUGGUGAGACAAAAGCUAACGGACAGGACAAACAAUCAGAAGCCUCUGUGCAGUCCCCAGCCACUGCUCUAGAGGACACUGCAGUGGCUUCAGUGCCAGUCUACUCUGAGGCACAAACAUCCACUCUCACCCCCAAUACUGAUGGUGAAGCUGCAACGUCACCAGAGGGAGCUGAGGCAGCAUUAAAAUCCCAAGACCCUGCCUCCAUGCCUGGCCAGUUUCAGGAGGUGCCCCUGGCUGAUCCCCAGGAGAACCAGAGGACAGAGGCAGGGGAGGGGGAGCAGGAGCCCCUUCUGCCACAGGCCAAAGCCCCCAACACUCAAGCUGAGCCAGCAGCAGCAGCAGCUAACAGCCCAGCCAACACAGAGACAUACAGUCCAACCAGGGCUAGCCAGGGAGAGGAGACUGAGGCACCCAAACGCAAAACUUGCCAGUGCUGCUCUGUCAUGUAAAUGCCCUCUCUGAACAUUCAUUUCCUCUCCCUCUCCUCAGUCUGCCAGUAUCCUUCUGUCUGUCCCUCUGCUGUUCAAUUCAUAACACACUCCCUCCCUCGUCUCUUUGUUUUAUGCAUCCAUCCUUUUUUGAAUCAGUAAGUCCACAAGCUACUUCCCUUCCCUCCACUAAACUCUGCCAACAUUCCUUGUAUUCAUCUUGAAACUUCCUCAUCCUACUCUUGAGCUUUGACACUCCAAGAGGAAGUAAGCUCUCUCCAGCAUGAAGAGAGGGAAGGUAUGGCCUGGACCUGUCAGUGUUAAAGUGCCUUGAGGAGCUCGCUACCCGGGACUAUGCUCUGAGAUUCUCUUCACACUCUUGAGUUUGAUUUCAUUUUCUUGGUUAGCAGAUAAGCCAGCCAAGCUACAUAGGGUCAUAAAACCCACAAUUUAGAUACAGUUAAGAAAAAAACAGACUUAAAAUCUAUUAUUUUAAAUUGUUGUAUCCACAUGUAUGAUUCAUCAGGUAUUUUUCAUAAUAAUAUCAGAUGUAACUGGUAAAGUCCAAAGAUCUGCAGAGGUUCAGAGAGGAUAUUGAUUUAAUUUAAUGAGUUUAAAGCUGAAUUAUUUUAUUGAUUUUGGUCUUUUAUUAGAGAUAUAUUAAUCCAAGUAUCAGGCCUCAACAUUUUUAUUCACCUUGUAAUACAGGCUUUGACAAUAGUAUGAAAUGGUCAAAUUUAUAAGCAACAGCGUGCUUGUGAGCCACUGGUAGUUUUAAAAUACCUGAAAGUAUGGAUUUUUUUUUUAUUUUUACCAAAUGUGCUUUUGAAUAGGUGGGUGGUCCGGAGCUUCUGACACAGCUCUGUGCAUGGAUGUAUAUACUGUAUACAGAAAGCAUGUGGAAUUAAGAGUGUCUGAGAUGUCAGUUUUGAAAUGAUUGAUGAAAGGUUUAAUGAUUAAACUGACAUUUGUCAUACAAUGCUCAAUUUACUGGAUGUUCAUCUUGCAUUUCUGUUCCUCAAACAUUGGAUUUGUCCCAAAACCACAGCAUUGCUUCAUGCAUAAGAGCACAGUGGAUAAUGUUUAACCAUUUGUUUCAUAAUGCUAUUUUUUUAUUAGUCCUGAGGUAUGUGGUCCCAAAUGAAGAUCUAACUCAAUUUUAAUAGCCAGCUUAAGCAGUUUUAUUAAUUGAAAUUGAUUUGAAUUCCUCAUUGGUAACCAUUUUAAUCAGAAGGUUCGCAGAGCAGAUUCAAGAUGAAGACCAUAGUCCUUCAUGGUUUCCACCCAGUUACAGUAUCUAUUCCUUAUCUACGUGGACGAUGUAAGACACCACAAGGAGACAGAGCAGCGUUAUUCUCUGACAAUGUAAGCUGAAGAUUCAGUGAAUGAAACAACCCCGUCAUCAGUGUUCCAAACAAAACACAGAAAGUGUGCAUGUAAAAGCUUUCAAAAGUGAAUCAUUUGUACACGUUACAACAGUUUUGUGCUGAUUUUUGCACUUUCAGCUUUAAUUGUGAUACAUUUUCCCCUGAAGGGAAGAAGGGAAACUAACAAGAAUCCAUGAGAGAUUCUGCAGACAGGAUCACAGAAACUGAGCUCAUGAGAGGAUAUGUCUAGUGUUCCCUGCAACAUGUCUCAAAAAAUCCCCAUUUAUGCAACUAUAUGGAACUUGUCAACGCUGCCUGCGGACCCAGCAGUGCCUCUGCCAGCUCUUUUGGUAGUUCCAUGGCUAACAGCAGGGUCCUCACAGGAGCCAGACCAGAGCCUGAGUCCUUUGGGGAUGUAGCAGUGUGUCCUGUAACUGUGAAAAUAAGUCCUACUGAGUUGAGAAGUCCCAGGGGUCCUGUCCAACUAUUGGAUUUCAGAGAAUCAUUGCAUGUUUUGCCAGUACUUCUCAAAAAGACAGGAGGUGGAUAGUCACAAAAAAGAAAAUGAUCAGUGAUGGUUAGAUGCACAGUUGCAUAAUGCAGUAUGCUGUGCAGACUGACUUAAAUGAACUAUCCACUAUUACUUGUUACCUUUCUGAUUCUACAGUCUGGACUUCUAUUAGAAACCUUGAGCUUGAUAUCCAGGUUCAGUAGCCUUUUCUAUGAGUAGGGUUUGAAAAUCACCAUCAAUGAAUCUUCGUUAUAAAAUUUCUAACAAACAACGAAAACACGAGACCCAGAUUUUAGAUAUCCAGUGCCAGAUUUGUAAAACAAUUGUUUAUUUAAUGUUUUGAUUAUCAGUGCCUGAGGAAAUUUAAAAAGGCUACGUGCAUAUCAGCAUUUCUACUGCUUAGGGAAAUACAAAAAGCCACCAAAAACAAUCAUAAAGGUCGUACCCUGCGAGAAGGUAUCCACUCUUAAUGUCAUGAAUACUAUCGACAUCUGUAGUGACAAUCAAUUACUGUUUAUGUAUAGUGUAUCUAAAGUGACUGUAAUCACAAGCAUAAAGCAGUGAAUCUGAAGGAGCAGAUGUGUCCUGUUGCAGCAAUGAUUCCGGUGUUUUGGCUGUUGGCAAAAGCUGGAGACUGGUUUAAAUCCAAGAAUCACUGAAUUAUUCCACUGAAAACUGACGAUUCCCAGAAAUUUUCCUUUGUUCUGUCAACAUUGCCAAAACAAAUCCAGAUAUUGUGAAACUGGAACUUUCAGAUAAUAAUUUUCACAAUGAAACCAAAUAAUUUCAAAUAGUUAAAAAUUACCAUUCAGUGAAUUCAAGUGAGUGCAAUAGGGUUUGUAGUGAUUUCAACAGAAACAUACAUAUUAUGCUAAAGUUGCACCUAGCUCAAGGGUGUUAUUGCCUGCUGUUUACAACACUAAGAGAGCAGAGUUGGACUCUGCUCUCUUAGUGUUGUGAAAUUGGACUUCUCUGAUCAAACUAUAAAACCAGAAAAUGCUCUACAGUGGCACCACCAUCAGACAGUCACUGCAGUGCAUCUGAGCCUAGAUAUAUGAUUUCAACAUACCAAGACAUGUUUGCUGUGUGUAUCAUCACUCUCCUCUGUUUGACGUCCGUGAGCCAUUCAGCUCCUCUGGCUUGUGAAGAUUUGGUCCAGCCUUUGGAUCAGCUGGAUCCUCAUCAGUUGGAGGGAAGAUGGGCCUUAGCCGCAGGCAGUCUGAAAAUAAAUGGAGCUGACAAGCUUCCUCCACUAAGUAACAGUGUAAGAAUUGAUUUCUACAACUCAACAUUCACCCAAGCCAACCGUGACGGUCCCCACUGCCGCUCUCGUUCCCAGAACAUCUCAAUAGAAGGCCACAGGUUUAACUUUAUGAUUGGACAGACAUUCAACUUCAGCGGGACCUUCUUCAAAACAUCCUGUCCUGACUGUGUGAUGUUGAACUUGGUUGUGGAUUCACCAAACUAUAAGUCAGUGGAGUUGUACCUCUUCAGCAAAAGGAGGGAGGUGGACCAGAAGGAAUUGGACGAGUUUGUCUCUCAGGUGAAGUGUCUGAACAUGCCUCCACAUUUUGUGAUGGAUCCUACACAGUCACUUUGCCCAGUUACUGUUCCAGCAGCUUCAACAAAGGCUUAGACUGUCGUACAUGAUGUCUGUUCUCAGUUUGGAUCAAAUGUAUGCCAGUACAGAAAACAUGAGAUAUAUCCUUCCUGGUAAUGAAGAUAAUUCAAUGUUAAAAAUAAAAGGAAAAGAAAAAAAAACCCUGUGUGAUCUGUAAUGAAUAAUCUGAACUGCAUUUGAAUAAUAUGGAGUGACUUGAAACAGUACAACAGCAGAUGCAUAUUUGUGUUACAGUAUUGUUUCAGGUUAAUGUUAGUUUGGAAAAGGAGCAGAAUCUCUAUUUUUAAAUUUUGACUGUGAUUUGUUUGUUAGCAAGAACACAACAGAAAACAGUGAGGCUUGUCAAUUUAUCAUUAACUUUAGCACUUAGUUAUCUCUAACCUAUCCUCAACACUGCAUUUCCUUUAAAGACAGACCUUCUCCUUAAGGUGCAGGUUAAGAAGAAACAUUAUAGGCUAAGAGCAUCAAUUGUUCUUUUAAAUAUGUUUGAUACGUUGAAAAUAUAUUCGAUACAACCACCAGUCACAUCAGAUGUCACCAAAUGAAAGAUUUGAAAGAUUAAACAGGAUUGAUAAGAGAUCAUUUGUUAUUAGGUAUACAUUAAUUUAGUAACCUCUAAAUGAAGUCACUUCAUCUUAACAGUUAACAAGUUAAUAAUGUAAAAUGCCAUAAGAAAAUUAGUGUAUACAACUUCUAUUCAAAGAACAAAUAUGUUGUUAAAGUCUGCCAUCUAGUAAAGGACAAUACAAUGUGAUAUUCCAGUAAAAAGAACAGAACAUGAACCAAAGAAAAGCACAAACAGUAAAACUGUGGUUGGGGUUUGUUUGGUUGUUGUUACUUUGACAGUAUGUGACUAACCAUGAACCAACAUCAGAGGGUAGAGAGCACCUCUGCAUCUCCUGGCAGCCUAAAAGGAAGAGACAGUGUAACUAAUGAUUUAAUGAACUCCUCGUACACCCAAGCCAACCGUUAUGGUGUGGUACAGUGUGAGUAUGACUCCCACAACAUUUCAAUAGUGGGUCAUAUCCUUAACCUUACCGGCACAUUCUUCCAUACACCCUGUCCACUGUGUGGUGUUGAGAUGGGAUGUGGAUUCACCAAAUUAUAAGUCCUUGGUCUUGUGUGUCAUGUGUAUUUGUAUAUGCAUAUUUAUGAGUAUUCUCUAUAUUUAUGUCUUGUUUUGACAAUGUUUUUAAUGUGUGGACUCACAUACUUUGAUCACACUACAUUAUCAGUGAUACCCUGAGAAAAUGUUAGUAUACAGAUUUUAUGCAUGACUGAUAAGACCAAGGUUUUCAUUUCACAACUACAGAAUUGACAGGGAGAGAAGGGACUCUGCCUGCAUCGACCACAGCUGGUGUUACACAACUGGAUGUUUCUGAUAAAAAAUAAUUAUUGGUCACACAGUGCAGUUUAUACAUUUUUAGUAUGUAAACAGCAAAGUUUUUCAUUUCCACAGCAAUGUCUCAGACAGAAAGUUGAAAGUGCACUUAUUGUCCCAAGGGUUACCUGUCUUACCACAGGUAAAGGCAGUACUCAAAAUAUUAUUUAAUUAUUUCACAAUCACAAAAUCCUUAGGAUGGAUAAGGGACUCCGCUCUCUGGUAUUUUCUGUAUUGUGAAACUGCAGGUUUGUGAAUCAACUUUUAAAACCAGGCAGACCUCUUCACCAGCCACAUUCUCCACAGAGACUGCCUUCAAACAAUACAACAUGUUUGUUGCUGUGUGUGCCAUCGCUCUCCUCUGCUUUGUGUCUGUGAGCCAUUCUGCUCCUGUGGCCUGUGAAGAAUUGGUCCGGCCUUUGGAUCAACUGGAUCCUCAUAAUUUGGAGGGAAGAUGGGCCUUAGUCACAGGCAGUCUGAAUGAUUCUGCAUCUGCUGAAGCUGUAAAAGGAAGAGACAGUGUAACUAUUGAAUUCAACAACUCCUCAUACACUCAAGCUAACCAUUUCGGUGACAGAUGCGAGUACUAUUCCCACAACAUCUCAAAAGAAGGCAACAUCUUUAACAUAAAGGUGAAGACCUUCAACUUUACUGGGGCCUUCCUCCAUACUUCCUGUUCAGACUGUUUGGUGUUGAGGUUGGAUGUGGACUCUCCAAGUUAUAAGUCCUUGGACUUGUACCUGUUCAGCAGGAGGCGGGAGGUGACACAGAAGGUGAUGGAGGACUUCAGAGCUCAAGCAGAGUGUCUGAACAUACCUCCACCUUUUGUGAUGGAUCCUACCAAGGAACUUUGUCCAGAAGAGACCAGAACAGAGGAAGAGAAUCCUUGAGAGACUUUGGUACAUGAUAUCUGACCACAUAGUGUGAAUAAACAUUGAUUCAUUUCAUUUUUAUUUCAUCAGGAAAAAUAAACAUUUUCAUGAAACAUGAA